GAGCGCCGUCCGCUUCACCGACACCUGCAACACCGCGCGCGGAUGCACCUGCAGCUACCGAUCAUGGCACUUGUGUUGUCGCUCUGUGCAUUCGUCCUCUCGUCUCGCUCCAGUGGUGUCUGUGUCCAGCUUUCCCCCUCCGUGUGUCUCUGAGAGGAACCAUGCUGUCGGGAAGCUGGCGCCGUGGAACCGUCAUCUCGUCAGCGAGCGGCCCGGGUGCGUUUAAAGGCGGGUCGAGGUCCAGGCUGAGCAGUACUGUGGUUCUGGAGGCUCAGUAUGAUUACUCGUACCGCGCCGUCGACGGCCGUCUGGUCUCCAUACACGAGGGCGAGCGCUUUCUGCUGCUGAAGAAGACCAAUGCUGACUGGUGGCAGGCGCGGAGGAUCGGGGUCGGCGCGAAGGCCAAACCCAUUUAUGUGCCGGCAACGUACGUCAUUGAGCUGCCUAUCAGCCAAUCAGCAUCAGAGAGCUUCAAGAUGAUUCCACGAGGUUCCCUCACACACUGCAUGCAAACGCACGGCUCAGUGCCUGAUAAGCAGUUCUGUCGUUCCAUGGAGAAUCUCAGCUGCAGCAGUGCCUUGAUGGACAAACACAGAGUCUCAGCGCGAGGACGUUUCCCGACGUUACCCCUCUCCGGUUCCUCCGCCUCGCCCUCGGGUCACCUCUCGGUUCCCGGCGUCCCGAUCGCCCGCAGCCAAAGCUCCAGCAACCUUCCCCAGAACCCAUACCAGAACCAGGACCCGAGCCCCAGCAGCCCGACCAAAUCCUACAGCCAGUGGGACGUGAACGCAGCCACACGCAGACACACGCAGGGACACAUCCAGCUCUCGCCUGACCUCACCUACAUUACCCAUGAUGCCAACGGCUGGCAGCUGAGCCAGAGCAUGCAGCACGCGGCGUUGUCUGAAACCCUUAGCUCCGCCUCCUGUGUGUUAGGCGACACCCAUCUCAGGAACUCCGCCUUAGCAGGGGGCGUGGCACACGUGAGCCACUCCUACUCCAUGUUCCUGCCCUCACAGAGAGAGUCUGCAAACGGCAAGUCAGAUUACAGGCUGGUGGCAGAACCUCCAUCUGACAGCUCACCAGACAGUGAAGGAGUCACACCGAGUGACGUCUUCUGUGUUAUUUUCAGGAAAAACUGGAACCCGUCAUGGGUGGUGCUGGUGGGAAACAGUCUCGUCUUCUUCAAAGACCCCAAAAGCCAGAAUCCUGACAGCUGGAAACCGGGUAACAGCUGUCCAGAGAGCAGCGUGGAUCUGAGGGGAGCUCAGCUUCAGUGGGCCAACGAUCUGUCCAGCAGAAAAAACGUCUUCAAGCUGAGGACGGUUACGGGAAAUGAGUUCUUGCUGCAGUCGGAGACAGAAUCGCUCAUCAGAGAAUGGUACAGAACCAUCCAGAACGUCAUCGACAGACUGGAUAAAGAGAAUCCUCUAGAUAAUGUGCUGCUGUACUCUCUGAGGAGAGCCGGAUCGGUCGAGAUGUUGGAUCAGAGCGGAGACGAGGACGAGAAUCGCGCCGGAAACAAGAUGUCGCUCCCUCGUUCCGCAUCUAACCUGGAGAACUCGGAGCACAAGCGUGUGAAGAGCCGCUUGAAGAAGCUGAUUCUCCGGAGGCCUCCGCUGCAGACGCUGCAGGAGAAAGGGCUCAUUAAAGAUCAGGUGUUCGGCUGCGGGCUGGAGCUGCUGUGUGAGCGAGAGAAAAGCACCGUCCCAAAGUUCGUCAGGAAAUGCACUGAUGCUGUGGAGAGGAGAGGUUUGGAGACUGAUGGGAUUUACAGAGUCAGCGGGAAUCUGGCCGUCAUUCAGAAACUGCGCUUCGCUGUCAAUCAUGAGCGUCUGGAUCUGGACGACCCGCAGUGGGAGGACAUUCACGUCAUCACCGGAGCGCUCAAGCUGUUCUUCAGAGAGCUGCCCGAGCCGCUCGUGCCGUACGGAUUCUUCCACGACAUCGUCGAGACCGUCAAGCUAUCUGAUUACCUGGAUAAGGUGGACAGACUGAAGCUGCUGGUCCUCAGCAUGCCUCCACACAACCCCCACACUUUAAGACACAUGAUACGACACCUCAGACGUCUUCAUGUGUUUGAAUCAGAAAGUGUUGUGAUUGAGACACUAGAGGGCGCCGUGAGUCUUCAUCACAAACACACAGACGAGAUCAUCCAAGCAGCUCGGAUACAUGAAACAUCUCUUAACACAGAGGACUUGAAGAACAUGAAGAUCUUCCUGUGGUUUGGUAUCUCUGGAGGAAGUAACCCACAGGAAGCUCUUCGUUUCGCUGUUUUUAGCCGAACGCCUCAGAGCGGAAACAUGGCCAUUAACAUGGUGUAUCAGAACCAGGCCGUGGAGCUGCUGCUGAGCGAAUACCAGCGGAUCUUCGGAGCCGAGCAGACGGGAUCCUACUGAACACAAUCCCAGCUGCACUGGGACACGAGGACGAGUCUGGAGACAGAUGGACUCAGAUCUGCAUCAUUACUCCACAAACUCACCAUAUAUACUGUAUGAGAGGGGUUUAUGAAUGGGUGGAUCUCAUGAAAACACGACCGGGUCACAUUUCAGCUCAGAUGUCAGAAAUAAUAAUAAAAAAUGGAAAUUAUGUUUUGCAUAAAGAAAAUUAAUUUUUAGGAUCAUUAAGAUAACGGAAUGUUAUUUUAUUGUUAAUUAUACACACUUUCACCAUAGAUUCUCAAA